AUGGCCGAAAACAACAUAAAGCCGCCCAAACAGUUCAUCAUAAACUCUAAUGAAGAUGUAGCGAAAGCGUGGAGGCUGUGGCUCCAACAAUUCGAGUGGUAUGCCAUCGCUACAAACCUGGAAGAGAAAAAACCAGCGGUGCAAGUGGCGGUCUUCAUGGCAUGUAUCGGACCUGACGCGGUGGUUAUAUACAAUACGUUCAAUCUUUCAAGUGAUGAGAAGUUACAAUUACAAACCAUUAAAGACAAAUUCACAAAUCACUUCACUCCAAAGAUCAACGAAUCAUAUGAAAGAUAUAUAUUUAAUACCAUAAUACAAAAAGAGGGCCAACCAUUUGAUGAAUUUCUCACAGAACUUAAAAGUAAAGUGAAAAACUGUGAAUAUGGUACCUUAGAGGACAGCCUCAUUCGUGACAGAAUUGUAAUAGGAGUAAGGAGCGACUCCCUUAGAGAGAAGUUGUUAGCUGAACAUGACCUUACACUGCAAAAAACUAUUGACCUCAGCCGCUCAGCGGAGCAAGUUAAAAUGCAAGUAAAAACAAUGAAGCAGGCUCCUACUGUAGAUGCGGUUACCUGGAACAGUCAAAACACCAACAUUAAAAAAAAAGAAGAUAACAUCAAGAUGAAUAAUAAAAAAAGAGAAGAUAAAAGUGAAGAGACAUUUCAUUGUGGUAGAUGUGACACUAUACAUGGCCGGAGAAAUUGUCCUGCUUUUAAGAAAAUAUGCUUGAGAUGUAACCGGAGAAACCAUCUCACCAAAUGCUGUAAAAUAAAAACUGUGGAUUCACUUCUCCAGAAUGAGGAAUAUGAUAGUGAAGACGGAUUCAUGGUGUCAUCAAUAGAUACUGAUGAUGACGUGGGUACAGAAGACUGGUAUGAGCCAUUAACCUUACCUAAUGGAGUCACAGUGAUGUUCAAACUUGAUUCAGGCAGUCGGUGCAAUGUUAUUAAUCGUGAAAUAAUGGAUAGAACAAAAUCACAUCUCAGUCCGUCAACAACCAGAUAUCUGACAUCCUAUUCAAAGCAUAAGAUGCAAGUAUUAGGCGAAGCUAAACUGGUGACUAUAAUUAAAGGACGGCAAAACCUUAUUAAAUACUAUGUUGUUGAUGAAAAAGUGUCACCAAUUCUUGGCAGGAAAACAUGUGAAAAAUUAAAUUUAGUGAAGAGAAUUGAUGCUAUUACAAUAAACGAUGACUUGUUUGAAGGAAUUGGUUGCUUGAAACAGUACAAAUAUGAUAUUGAUUUAGUAGACAAUCCAAAGUUACCAAUAUGCCCGGCACGUAAAAUUCCCCACACAAUAAGACAAAAAGUCAAAGAUGAGUUGGAUAGCAUGGUAGAACAGAAAAUAAUUAAACCAGUGACAAAGCCUACACCAGCUGUUUCACCUAUGGUUGUGGUAAAGAAAAAUGACAAAAUAAGACUUUGCCUAGAUCCCUCAGAAAUAAACAAAAAUUUAAAAAGGAGACAUUACCCACUUAAUACUCUUGAGGAAAUUGCUGCCAGAAUUCAUGGCUCUAAAUGGUUCACACUGCUAGACUGUAGAAAAGGCUUUUGGCAACUACAAGUGACACCCCGCACAUCAGAUUAUCUCACAUUUAGUACACCCUUUGGAAGAUAUUCUUGCUUAAGAAUGCCCUUCGGCUUAGCAUCAGCUCCAGAAGUCUUCCAGCAAGUUAUGAGCUCACUCUUAGCGGACUUGGAAAAUACAGAGGUAUCAAUGGAUGAUGUACUUCUACAUGCUUCCAGUAAGGAUGAAUUAGAGAAGACUACACAGAAAGUACUGGAAAAGCUUAGGAAUGCAGGUCUCAAACUCAAUAAAGAAAAGUGUGUAUUUAGUACACAAGAGGUCAAAUUUCUGGGCCACAUAGUAACUAGCAAAGGCUUAAAGCCCGACCCAGAAAAAAUAGAAACCAUCACAAAAAUUAAGAGACCAGAAAAUAUAAAAGAACUGCAACGGUUUCUAGGUUUAAUCACCUACUUAUCAAAAUUCAUAAAAAAUAUGGCAGAUAUUACCAGCCCCCUAAGACAAUUAUUACACAAAGAUGUAGAAUGGAUUUGGGAUCAACCACAAGAAGAAGCGUUCCUCAAAUUAAAAGAGCUGUUAAAAAACCCACCUGUUCUGGGAUUUUAUGAUCCUCAAGCACCUAUUUUGCUCUCUGUUGACGCUAGUAGUUAUGCCUGUGGUGGUGUAAUGAUUCAAAAAGAAAAACCUAUUGCUUACUGUGCUAAAUCUUUCACUAAAACUGAGCAAGGCUACAGUCAAUUGGAAAAAGAAGCCAAUGCAAUCUUAGUGGCUUGUAAAAAAUUCCAUAACUAUAUCUGGGGUUGCAAGGACUUAACAAUAGAAUCUGAUCAUAAACCUUUAGAAACAAUUUUCAGAAAACCACUUACCAGUGCACCACCAAGACUGCAAAGAAUGUUAUACCAGAUUUUGCCAUAUAACCCCAAAGUGACAUAUAAAAAGGGUUCGGAGAUGUAUGUAGCUGACACUUUGAGUCGAGAUUGUGAAAAGCUAAACUGUGAAGAUGUUAACUCAGAAAACUUGCAAGUAUGUGCCAUCGUGCCAUUUUCAAAAAAUCGAAGACAAGAAAUCAAACAAGAAAUUGAGAAUAGCAGUGAGUUGAAGACCUUAAAACAAAUUAUACAAGAUGGGUGGCCUGAAAAAAUGGAGCAAUUACCAGAUAACUUAAAAAAAUACUGGCACUAUAGAGAAACGCUCAGUGUAUAUAACAACCUCAUUUUCAAAAACGACAGGGUACUAGUACCCAUAUCAAUGGUACCACUAGUGAUGAAACAAUGCCACCUGGGUCACAAAGGUAUUCAAGGCACUAUAAGGCUCGCCCGAGACAACGUAUUUUGGCCAGGUAUGACUACGGAUUUAGUAAAUUACACGAAAUCUUGUACAGCAUGUGCAAAAGUACAAAAAGAUAAUCCAAUGGAGCCUAUUGUUGUACAAACAGCACCAGAACGCCCCUGGAGUCUUGUGGCAACGGAUUUAUUUCAUUUGAAAGGCAAAGACUAUAUAUUGAUAGCAGAUGGCUACUCAGGAUUCUUUGACCUUAAAGAACUGAAAGGAGUUACCAGCUUUGACAUAAUUGAUAAUCUGAAAUCUUGGUUUGCAACAUUUGGAAUUCCAGACAUACUAUUGACUGAUGGUGAAGACGAAAAGAAAUAUGCAGACAGAGGAAAAAAGGAAAAUAAAGAGUUUGUUACUAAUGAAAACGUGAUGCUACGAAAAGGUCAUCGAAACUGGGUCCCAGCAAAAAUAGUGACAGAAGAAGGUCACCGAGCCUACAAAGUAGAGACUGAUGAUGGUGCAAUUUAUAAAAGGAACUCCUGGCACUUAAAACCGACAGAAAAUUCUAUAGAGCUGGCCACAAAAGAUCCAGUGCCAGGAACAGAAGAUCCAGACCCUGUCGGACAACCGUCACCUAUAGACCAGUCACCAGUCUCUGUAGGACAGCCGUCACCUAUAUCACCAGCAAAACCCACACUUCCCGUGGCGGGUCCAGAACCACAGCCGCUACUGACAGCUCCUCAACCUCGAAGUACUCGCAGUGGGCGGUUAGUGGUCACGCCUGCUAGAUAUCGCUGA